AUGGGACAAACUUUCAUCCUGAUCAAGCCCGACGGCGUCGACAGGGGUCUUGUCGGUGUCAUCAUCCGCAGGUUCGAUAGGAAGGGCUUCACUUUGAAAGGUCUAAAGAUGAUCACUGUGGACCGCUCUUUUGCUGAGAAACACCACCAAGACUUGUCUGCCAAUCCCCUCUUCAGUCGCCUUGUUGACUACCUAAUCUCUGGCCCAGUCGUUGCAAUGAUCUGGGAGGGGACUAACGUUGUUUCCGUUGGAAGAAAGACAAUCCCUACAGCUUCUGACAUUGGCAGCAACCUGAUCCAUGUAAGUGAUUCAUUGGAGAGUGCUAUCAAGGAAACUGCCUUGUGGUUCCCAGACGGACCUGUCAAGCUACAUAGUGAUGCAGCCAUUCCAAAAGCCCGUGACAUUGGGAGAAUUUCCGUUACCGGAUUUGACACUGGGGCGGAUAUCAAGAGUGCGUUGAGAGAACAUUUCGCUUCGUGUGGAAAGAUCACUGAUGUUUAUAUUCAAAAGAAGUCGCGUCUUGCAUAUAUUUAUUUUGUGGGGGAGGGCGCAGUAGACAAGGCCUUGAAACUUAAUGGAAGUGACGUGGGAGGGUCCAAAGUCUGUGUUGAGCCCUAUCCGUUUCAUGACGAUAACCCUGUUUCGGUACAUGUUGAAGGAUAUGCCACUUCGCUUAGUGAUUCUGAGAUCGAGACGGCUUUGCGUCACCUUUUCUCUUCAUGUGGAAAGGUCUUGAGAGUCUCUAUCUACAAAGGAUCCACUUCGGUCACUAUUAGGGGAUUUGACGCAGCAGAGAAGGCGGAGGAACUUAGUGGGAGCAACAUUGGAACACACAAAGUACUUGUUAAGGCCUUUACUAAACCACCAAGAGAGACUGUCCACGAUCGUCGUCGACGUUUUAUUAGACCACCAAGACACACUGUGCACGAUCAUCGUGGACGAGGUACAUAA